UGCGGCUAGACGCUCGGCGCGUCCUGCCUGCCACAGUCCUGCAAACGUUUUCGCGCGGGCGGGCGCAGCGGACGAACGCGACGACGACGCUGUGCUUUCCAACUUUUCAUUCGCAGUAAAUAAACGCGACGCGGGCGACGCAGACUGCACCGCGCGUACACAUUUCACAAUCGACGAAAUGUCGAAUUGUUGUUGAUUUAAACAAUCGCGCGCGCGCCAGCGAAAAUUAUUAUUGUUCGUGCCGGCGGCGGCACCGCGCCGUCGACUGAUGAUAAUACGCGUUUAUCGCUGCGCGCCGCACUGUCUGGCUGAUUAUAAAAACGCGCGCGCCGCUGCAUUGUUUCGUAAUUUUACCUAAUUAAAAACCAGCUCAACUUGAUUGUGAUUGGAAAUUUAUUUAGUGGUUUAUUGGAAAUAUGUGACAAAAUUUUUAAUUUUUAUCAAGUGUUUUGGGAAAAAAUUAAAAUUAGAAAAAAUGAACAUGAUGAAAAAGGAUAAGCCCAUGAUGAGUGUGACGGCAAUCAUCCAGGGUGCACAGGCCCAGCACUGGGGCCGUUUUGCAACUGGAUUUGGCAAUAAUUUACCGCUAGGUCUCAAUCUGGAUCAAAGUUUAUCGAUGAAUUCCAUGGGCCCGCAGUCGCCGCUGGAUAUGAAACCUGACACAGCGAGUCUUAUCACAUCCGGACAGUUUAGUCCGCAGGGUGGUCCCAAUAGUCCGACGUAUUCGCUGGGUGGACACGCGAAUAUGCUGAGUCCUGGAGGCGGUGGCGGCGGCGGGAGUAAUAAAAGCGCCUGCUCGCCGUAUCCGCCGAAUCAUCCGCUCAGUGGGUCGAAGCAUUUGUGUUCGAUUUGUGGGGAUCGUGCGAGUGGAAAACACUAUGGAGUUUACAGUUGUGAAGGAUGCAAAGGAUUUUUCAAGCGGACAGUGCGAAAAGACUUGUCGUACGCGUGCAGAGAGGAAAAGAAUUGUAUUAUAGACAAACGACAAAGAAACAGAUGUCAAUAUUGUCGAUAUCAGAAAUGUCUAGCCAUGGGAAUGAAGCGGGAAGCCGUCCAGGAAGAGAGGCAGCGCACAAAGGAUCGAGACACGUCCGAGGUGGAGUCGACGUCCAAUAUGCAAACCGAAAUGCCAAUCGAGGCAAUUCUGGAGGCCGAAAGGAGAAUGGACUGCAAAACCGAGACAGAAUUAGAGAACCCCGUUACGAAUAUCUGCAAGGCGACCAGUACGCAACUCUACCAAUUAGUCGAAUGGGCGAAGCUCAUUCCGCACUUUACCAGCCUGCCCGUCUCUGAUCAAGUGCUACUCCUGCGAGCCGGCUGGAAUGAACUUCUGAUCGCGGCGUUUUCGCAUCGCUCAAUCGAUUCCAAGGAUAGUAUCGUGCUUGCUACCGGAUUCACCAUUCAGAGGAAUUCAGCGCAGCAAGUUGGUGUCGGUGGAAUAUUUGACCGAGUGCUCACUGAGUUAGUCUCGAAAAUGCGUGAAAUGAAAAUGGACAAAACGGAAUUGGGUUGUUUACGCACAAUAAUACUUUUUAAUCCUGAUGUGCGUGGAUUAAAAUCCAUCCAAGACGUAGAUAAUCUGCGCGAAAAAGUCUACGCCGUCUUGGAGGAGUACACGCGAUCGACGCAUCCGAACGAGCCGGGUCGUUUUGCCAAGCUACUGCUGCGGCUGCCAGCGCUGCGAUCGAUAGGUCUUAAAUGUCUGGAACAUUUGUUUUUCUUCAGGUAUACGGGCGCAGUGUCCAUCGAUACGUUCCUCAACGAAAUGCUCGAAAACACGACGGAUACAUAAACACUCUCAUUCGACAAUAACACACCCACACACACAUAAACAAACGCAUGAAAAAGUUUGAAACUGAAACAUACAACUCAACAAACAUUCCACAUCUCACUGUAAAUAUGUUUUUUUAUGAACGCACUCAAUUAUCGUACUUUUUCGUAACUAGUAUAGCCUAGCUCUAGGUGUACCAUUUAAGAUUUAGUUGUUGUUUGACAAUGAACUUAAUCGGAAUGUUUGUUGGGCAUCAAAAAUCAUUUUUUUUCUUUCUUCUCUCCGCGCUAUUUAUUAAUUUUUUAUAUAUUAUAUAUCUGUGAUUUUCUUUUUUAUUUUUUAAUCGAUGAUAAUCUUUUGAAUAUUUUAUUAGGUAUUUAAUGAUAGUGUUACUAUUGGGUAUUAAUAAUCGCGAUCUUAUCGAAUCAAAAAGCACCUGCAACUGGGAUGCAACGUUUUUUUUUGCAAUAUUUUCACAUACGAUUUACAUUUUUAGCGUUUAGAUCUCAGCUGAUCUUUGUUUGUUUGACUUUUCUGUUGGUAAAUGUGAAUAAUUUUUGGCAUACUUAAUCAAAAUCAGAGUUUUAAAUGUUAGAGAUGUUUAGAUGAAUAGAAACGGUGCUUAAGUUGUUGAAAAAGAAUAUUUUUAUGAAAUGUGAAUCAUGUGUACCUCAAAAGUGAUGGAAAGUGCCUGAUUUAGAGAGCGAUAACAGCAUUAAAUGAAUGAACGAAUUCAGGAAAAUGGAAAUAAGGAAAUUGACGAAUUGCAAUUGAAUAAUUUUAAAUUAUUGAAAUGUGUAAUGAAUUGAGUUAGGUAGAUAUUGUUAUAUUCAACAUGCGGCUUUAAAAUUAGAUUGUAAUAGAUUCGAAACAGUUUGUGAAAGAUUGCAGUAAUUAUUCUAAGGCAGCUUUGCACACACGCAUGCGCACUGUACAUACGUUUCCCAUAGUAACUCAUACAAUAAAUUUUAGUUUGACAUUCCACAGAUUUCGUCCGCGUUCGGCGGGCGUUAUCGUACGUAGAGAAUGAGGAAGGAGUGUUCAAAGAAAGAACUUAAUUAAUUUAAAUAUUGCCAACUGUGUAUGUAAAACAUGACAUUGUGUCUAUUUUGAUUAUCGCCCACUUAAUAAAUCCCUCUCAGAUCGGAAAAUGAUGAAGAAAACUAUGAAACACUAAGAAAUUAUGAUGAAACACAAAAAAAAACUAUCUAGAUGUUAUGUAAUAUAAAUGUAAUAAUCUAUGUUCUAUGUAUAUUUAUCUAUAACUGUUCAAGUUUAAAAGAUUUUUUAUUGUUGCGAUAUCGAAUGUCAAAAAGAAAUUUCAAAAAUUUUAAAUUUUAGAAAGGGAGAAAAUGUUUACAAUCUGAAAUCUUUAUGUCAUAUUUUUUAUAUUUUAAAAUCUAUUCAAAAACUAUUACGCUAUUGUGAAAGAUUCAAAGGAAUUUAAAAGAAAUUGUAAUUAUGUGUAAAGAAAAAAUAUAUAAGAAGUACAGGUCGGCA